UGUACAUCGCCUCUUCCUGUUCCUUUGGGAGUGGCGGCUACUGUAGUUGCUACUAGCAGGAGAAGCAGGGAAACUAUGAAGUCGAUCGUAGAUAUUUAAUGAAGUUUAUACAUGCGCUCAGGAAUAGAGUCCAGGAUCUUUCCACUUCUCUUAAGCCUUGCCAGAGAAGAAAGAGACAUCAGAGGAAUCCAAGGAGAAGGAGGAGAAAAAGAAGACUGAGUGGAAAAAGUGUGGAAAAAAAGAGGGGGAAGAAGAUGAGAGAGAGAGAGGACGAAGAGCCGGGUCCCUCUACCCAGUCCACGCCAAGCAAGAAGAAGAAGAAGCCAGAGAAACCAUGUUAUGAUUCAGACAAAGAAGACGAAGAAGAACCAGAGAAAAGUGGCCAAGCGGCACUUGGUAAUGGAGACAUGUCAGAAUUUCCUGGUCCUUGUUUGUCUGUCACCUGUGGAUCAGCAACUGGGACUCUACAGAAAGAUCGGUUUGCAUCAGGGACCUCUGGGAAAUGCAUACGGACGGCCAGCAGAUGGCUGACCCCCGUCGAGUUCACCAAGGAGGACCAGGCGUUCAGUUCCAGCUUCUGGAAAAAAAGUAUCCUGUGCCAAGGAGAACCGCUCAGUGACCUCAUCGAGAGGAAGGUUUUGGAGUGCCACUCGCUCCUGUGUCUGUGCAAAAAUUGCAGCAAGGAAGAGAAGGACCUGGAGGAGCAGAGGAACGAUGAUAACUGCUCUGUCUGUGGGAAGCGGGGGCACUUGCUCUGCUGUGACCGCUGCCCCCGUGCCUUCCACACAGAAUGCCUCUUGCCCGCCGUGGAGGAGAGACUGCUGGGGGAAGAGUGGCUGUGUACCUCAUGUGUACUGACUUUCAACCAGGACGGCAGUAUCGCGUGUGAACGCUCUCUCAGACAGGCUCUAGACUGUCGCACCUCAGACUCCAUGCUGAGGGUGAAGAAGAUGAGUGAGGAAGAGGACGAAGAGACGGGUCCCUCUACCCAAUCCACGCCAAGCAAGAAGAAGAAGCCAGAGAAACCAUGUGAUGCCUUGCCAGAGAAGAAAGAGAUGUCAGAGGAAUCCAAGGAGAAGGAGGAGAAAAAGAAGACUGAGAGAAAAAAGUGUGAAAAAAAGAGGGGGAAGAAGACGAGAGAGAGAGAGGAGGAAGAGGACGAAGAGCCGGGUCCCUCUACCCCGUCCACGCCAAGCAAGAAGAAGAAGCCAGAGAAACCAUGUGAUGAUUCAGACACACAAAAAGAAGAAGACGAAGAAGAACCAGAGAAAAGUGGCCAAGCGGUACUUGGUAAUGGAGACAUGUCAGAAUUUCCUGGUCCUCGUUUGUCUGUCACCUGUGGAUCAGCAACUGGGACUCUACAGAAAGAUCGUUUUGCAUCAGCCUUGCCAGAGAAGAAAGAGAUGUCAGAGGAAUCCAAGGAGAAGGAGGAGAAAAAGUGUGAAAAAAAGAGGGGGAAGAAGACGAGAGAGAGAGAGGAGGAAGAGGACGAAGAGCCGGGUCCCUCUACCCCGUCCACGCCAAGCAAGAAGAAGAAGCCAGAGAAACCAUGUGAUGAUGAAGAAGAAGAAGAAGAAGAGGAAGAAGAAGAAAAGGAAGAAGAAGACGAAGCGGCUGUUGGUAAUGGUUGUUUGUCUGUCACCUGUGGAUCAGCAACUGGGACUCUACAGAAAGAUCGUUUUGUAUCAGGGACCUCUGGGAAAUGCAUACGGACGGCCAGCAGAUGGCUGACCCCCGUCGAGUUCGCCAAGGAGGACCAGGAGCUCACUUCCAGCUUCUGGGCAAAAAGUAUCCUGUGCCAAGGAGAACCGCUCAGUGACCUCAUCGAGAGGAAGGUUUUGGAGUGCCACUCGCCCCUGUGUUCGUGCGGAAUUUGCACCGAGAAAGAGAAGGACCUGGAGGAUCAGAGGAACGAUGAUGACUGCUCUGUCUGUGGGGAGCUGGGGGUGUUGCUCUGCUGUGACCGCUGCCCCCGUGCCUUCCACGAAGAAUGCCACCUGCCCGCCGUGGAGGAGAGACUGCUGGGGGGAGAGUGGCUGUGUACAUACUGUGUACUGACUUUCAACCAGGACCGCAGUAUCACGCGUGAACGCUCUCUCAAACAGGCUCUAGACUGUCGCACCUCAGACUCCAUGCUGCAAUGCCACUAUCUCCUCAUGACGCUGUCCCGCUCGGACGAGGAUCACAUCUUCUCCUGCGACCCCAGAGACACGGUGCCACGCUACAGGGACUUCAUUCAGAACCCUAUGUGGCUGAAGAAGGUAGCAGAGAAACUGCAGGAGGGGCAGUACUCCACUGUACGCCAGUUCGAAUCUGACAUCCAACUCAUCUUUAAAAACUCUGCCAAAUUCAACAGGGUAAGACUGCCACACUAAGCAAGAUUAUGGGACCUAGCUCCAUACUUAAACACUGCAGACAGGAAACCGUACCUGUAGUGUAGUGGUGAAGGUAAAUGACUGGGACAUGCAAGGUUUGUGGUUCUAAUCCCGGUGUAGCCACAAUAAAAUCUGCACAGCCGUUGGGCCCUUGAGCAAGGCCCUGAACCCCGCAUUGCUCCAGGGGAGGAUUGUCUCCUGCUUAGUCUAAUCAACUGUAUGUUGCUCUGGAUAAGAGCGUCUGCCAAAUGCCAUUAAUGUAAUGUAAUGUACCACUCAUUACCAUUCAUUAGCCUAUUAACAGCAACACAGAUCACAGAUAGCUUACAAGCAGUACAAAAGUCAAAAGUGUACACAUUGAGGAGGCAGCAACUGACCGUAUGUUUAUCUUCAUACAACAGUGUCCCUGAGCAAGACACCCAACCACCAAUUGCCCCUGACGAGCAGGUUGGUGCCUUUCCUGGCAGCCAAUCGCCGUUGGUGUCUGAGCGUGUAUAUGAAUGGGUGAAUGAGAGGCAUUAAUUGUACAGCACUUUGGAUAAAGGCGCUAUAUGCAUGUCAACCAUUUACCAUACAUACCUGUUGGGCCUGCGGUUAAUCCAAACUAUUUCAAAUUGAACUGUUCACUUGGGUAGCAACCAUUUGGACAGCAACACACAAUGAAUAACUAAUAAAGAAUGAAUCCCAAGUUCCUUCUGGUACCUGCUGUACUAUGUGUACUCUUCACAUCUAAUAUGGUAAGUAAAAAUUCAUUAAUUUCAAAAAACGUAUUGUAUAACACAAAGCAGACUCAAACAGAACUAGAGAAUGAAUGCUCCUUCACGGUUGAAUGAGUCUUUCCAGAUAAAAUUGUAUUGUUUAAUAUUUUAAUUAAUUUCCUUUAUUCUCCGUCUCCCCUUUUGGCCAGGAAAAUGAAGUUGGACCAAUGGGUGUAAGACUCAAGCAGUUAUUUGAGACGGAAUUUCAGCAGGUCUUCAGCGUGAAAACCGACUCAUAAACUGGUGUUUUUUUAAGAGCUGUUUUAAAUAUUGUGCGGUGUUUCAACACAAAAUGAUACAUUUCGCUUUUAGAAUAAUGUAAGUAAAAAAAGUAUGCUUGUGAAAUUUGAAAACGGGUUUUCUGUUGCUUGAUAUCAGCCGAAUGCUUAUAGUGAAUGCAUGCUCACAAAACGCCAGUGCUAUUAAAUUGUUUAAGUAAGCUUUUCAUAGUUUUUUUUAAGAACGUAAGAAAACAAUGUAUUCUAUUAGCGCAACUCAUAAAUAAACAAAAACGCUGUACCCUGUAAGAGAACCCGCUUUGUAAAUAAACGAUUAAAACGCC